AUGGGAAAACUCCCGCUUCUUCCCCUAGCCCUGGCGCCGUCUCGCAUCAUCGCCUCGACACCACCACAACGCAGCAAACCAUGGCUGUCACCGAGCAGACUCGCCGUGCAAGUCCGCCACGCCACUUUUAUCCCCAGACCUCGGCGACCAUAUACGUUUACGCAGCUAGUCACCCUGUCCGACGGCUCGACGUACACCAUGCGCACCACCUCCCCAGCCCCCAUCUACCGCGCGUCAAAGGAUACCCGCAACAACCUGCUCUGGCAACCGAGCGAAAAGUCGCUGCGGAACCUGGAGUUGGAUGAGGCCGGUAAACUGGCGGCUUUCCGUGAGCGGUUCGGUCGCGCCUUCGAUGCUGCUGCUCAAUCGGAAGACGGUGAGGCUCCGGCCGAGGCAGAUGGUCGAGUGGACGACUUUGCGGAUCUGAUUACUGGGUACGCUCCUCAAGAUGCGAAUUCCAUGAUGGAUUCAGGACCAAAGAAAUCCCCGACGAGGAGAAAGUAA